AUGGAGUACUCAGGAUUUGCUAUUUUCCCCAUCCCGGCAUCGAUUCGGCGUCGACUACCCCGCCUAUAUUCUUCCCGGGCCCUGCCAAAGGCUACCGAGUCAAGCGGUGAUCAGCGCCACGGACUGACCUCUUCAUCCGAACCUCAUCUGCUCUAUCACAGUCAAUUCUCUACAUCAGUAACACCCGAGCUCCAACGGCCUUCCACAGCUAGCGAUGACUCAGUUUCGUUUGACUCUGGCUCAUGGGGAUCAGGUAGCCCCCAAGAGGAUAUGGGGUCCCCGACGAAAUACGAAACCGAGACUGGGCUGCGAUGGAAUCGAGUCGUACCCGCGUUCAAUCUUCUCCGCAAUGCAGGAUAUGAAGCCCAGCAGCCGCAGGCUGAUGACCGUCUGGCUCGUUCUCUCUACGUCAACGCUCUGGUUUACCUUCUCGAUGCUUUACCUUCAGACCUGACCGAUGAGGAAACUUCCAUGCUUCAGCGCCAUAUCCCAGAGCCGAUUAAAGUUGGGUUAACAACAUACCCCCGGCCUGGGUAUAUGGACGGCACGAAUCAUAAAAUAAGCCCCCAGCCAAGAUCAUAUCUGCAUAAAAUUCUCGCCUCGAUAAUUGUACAGCUGUUCAUUCUAUUGCGGUUCCUUCUACCAUAUGCAAAAGUGCUAUUGCGCCAGCUGUAUGAGUAUGAGCGGACACAUCGCAUUACUGAGCGCAUUGUGACUACUACAUUGGAGGCAGCCGACGGGUUGGGAAAGGGAAGUGUUAAUAUUGGAGCUGCUGUUGUCAAGUUCAACGAAGGGCGGGUUGGUGCUGCUAUCUCAAGUUUCGCAGCUUGGUGGAUGGAAGGUGUAGCUGGGGGGAUAUAUGAGGGAGUUGGUGAGGGGAUGAUGCAUUUGGGUCUUUCGGGGAAAGAAAUGGAUUUUGAUAGACUUCAUUUACAGGCAAAAUGA